AUGGCGCAGCCGUUCCACGCCGGAGGCGCCGUCCCGGCUUUCAGACUUGCUGAGCCGUCAAUGCAAGGUCUCUUGGGUGCAGUCACUGCCUACUGGCCGUCUCUCUCUCAUCUGGAUAUCACUCGUCUCGGGUCACUCAUAGCUAUCGCUGGCGUCAUCCCUGCAGCCUGGCGACUGCUUCACGGCGCUUGGCGCGAGACGUAUAGCUGGAUCAAACAAUUCUUUGUUGCCUCUGUUACAAUUCCUGGCCGAGACCCCUUGAACAAAAAUGUUGUCAGCUGGGUAUUGGCUCAUGUCAUCCAACCUCGAAAUAAUACGCGUUUCUUCACCGCUCGGACGGAAAUUAGAGACAGGCUUGGUCGAGGAGAUGCAUCGGAGACUGCGUCGCUGAAGAAGACGCAAAGACAGGUCCAGUACUUGCCACAUUUUGAGACGGUUUGGUUCUGGCAGGAUGGGCAGGUUUUCAUCAUACAUCGCUCCCUCGAAAGCUUCAACGCCUCCAUGUGCGACCCAGGGUACGACGGAAUCGGAGGCGAGGAUCUCACAAUAAGCUGCCUUGGUCGAUCUGCGGAACCCAUUCGCUCCCUGGUCCAGACUUGUCGCGACUUCGCAGAUCAACAGACACAGUACUUUGUAAUGAUCUACUCACGAGACCGCUAUGGUAUUUCCUGGCAGCCCAAGUCCAGAAAGCCCAUCCGGCUACUGGAGACGGUGCACUUCGACGAGGACGUUAAGAAAAGCCUACUGGCCGACAUCCGGAAAUAUCUCGACCCUGAAACACAGAAGCGCUAUCAAGGCAGGAGCAUGCCAUACCGAAGAGGCUACCUCUUCUAUGGCCCCCCAGGCACCGGCAAAUCGUCCCUAUCCACCGCGCUGGCAGGCGAGUUUGGCCUCGACCUCUAUGAGGUGAAAAUUCCCAGCGUCGCCUCCGACGCCGACCUCGAGCAAAUGUUCCAGGAGAUUCCGCCUCAGUGUAUAGUGCUGCUCGAGGAUAUCGACGCAGUGUGGGCGGCGGACCGCGACCUGCCCGAUAGGGAAGACCGGACGAUCAGUUCCAGCGGCAGCCACAGCCCCAGGUCGAACUGCACGCUCUCUGGACUGCUGAAUGUCCUGGACGGAGUUGGGUCGCAAGAGGGCCGGAUUGUCAUCAUGACCACUAACAAGCCUGAGCUACUCGACCCAGCUUUGGUGCGCCCGGGGAGGGUUGACUUGAAGGUCCACCUGGGGAACAUCAGUCGCAAAUCAGCGGCCGAGAUGUUCAUGAGAAUGUUUGCUUGUGAUGCUAGGGGACCCUCUUCGGACUUGGACAUGGAGGCCCUGCGGCAGCUGGCGGCCGAGUUCUCGAAACACAUUCCUGAGGGCGCGUUCACACCUUCUCAGCUACAAGGCUUUUUCCAGAUUCAUCUGGACAAUGCAAUUGAAGCAGUAUCAAGCGUGUCUACUUGGGUGGCCAAAGAAAUUUCAAAAACUGUUAUAGACGACGACAUCGAGAUUGUUGGACAAGGAAAGGCCUAA